AGAAGCAAGAUCGACUGCCAGGCACCCAUCGCCUCUUCGCCUGGCGGGCCCACGCCCACUCGUCAUCCUUGGCAAAAGCUUCUCUCCAGCCUGUAAGACGUUGGAAGGCGAGGCCAGCAGAUGGGGUGGCGAAGAUGCGCCCGCGCCCCUCGGCAAGGGUCAACUGCAGUUGCUGACCACGCCUGAUCGUCCCUCUCCCCCCCGCCCCCUCAUCAGCAGUCGCCAGGUAAAUAAAAUCGGGGCUGUCCCCUUUUUCCUCUGUCCGACCUGCUGAUGCAAGCGAAGGAUGCUGCAAAUCGGGAUCCGGCUGCAGUUGUGGCGAAGGGGGCUGCCAACUGGACAUCAGAGUAUUAGAAGGAACUUGAAGUAAAGGUUAUAGCGUCUCCAGAAAGUUGGCAGAAAGCAAAGUUGAUAUUGCCUCCUUAAAGAAGAAUGGCCCUUCAAUUCGGAUUUCUCUGCUUGCUCUUAUGUGCUUUGACAGGGUGUUUCUGCCAGCAGUGCAGGGAAGGUGCCAAGUACUCAGAUGCAAUAAUAUCUCCCAAUUUAGAGAGGACUAAAAUCAUGCGGGUCCCCCACGCUUUGUUGAUGCCAGACUGCAUGGCAGCCUGUUGCGACCUUUCCGACUGUGAUCUGGCCUGGAUGUUUGAACAGCACUGCUAUAUUGUCAAUUGUCAACAUAAAGGAAACUGUGAACCCAAGAAGAUGGAGAAGGUGAAGUCUUAUUUGACCUUUGUGCUGAGGGUUUCCCAGAGGCCAACCUCGUUGCUAGGGUUUCAGCAGAUGCCCUCAAAGGCGCUUCCCUCUAUGACCCUGCAGGAUGACCCAUCAGAGGAAGUACGUAGCCUAACGGAACUGUCUUUCCUAAGCAAAGAGCAUAGCCUUGAAGAGGUGCCUGAUUACAUGGAUGAGUAUGGGGAUAUGGAACAGAAUCCCUUUUCGUCGAACACCAAAAGGGAGAACAUUGACUAUGUUGAUUGGGAUCUCAUGGUCACCACAGAAAAUGGCUUCAACUCUUCAGGAGACCAACAUGAAGAGCUGGUGAGGAGUGAUGGGGAGAAAGUUGAUUUGAAAAGCCCCACAAAUAAAACUGUAGCUGAGGUAAAAUCUGUCACUGAAUAUCCCAGAGAGUUGCCUGAUGUAGCAUUACACCCAGUGGAAAAAACAGCUUCAAAUGAUUCAGAUUUUCAACCAUCUGAAGAAGCUAAUAAUUCCUGGCAGGAAAAGGUUCUAACACCCUCCCAUAAUCCUCCUUCUUCAGACAUCCUUGGAUUUCUCUCCACAUCUGCAACAUAUGUGCAAACUUUAGACCUCAGUGGUCACAUAGAGGAUGAAACCUCAUCACUGCCCACCAGUAUGCUCACCUCUGAGCCUUCUGCCACAGGUCAACUUCCGAUUCCCACCACUGCUGCCAAAGCAGAACUGUUGGUGUCAGCUGGAGAUAAUCUACAAGUAACUUCACCGAAAAAGGAAGUCGAACUGCAUGCCUUUGUAGUUUCACCAUCAUUUCCAGAAGCAUCCUAUAGUUAUGAGUGGAGCUUGAUCAGUCAUCCUGAUGAUUAUGAUGGUGAAAUGCAGGGCAAGUACACACAGACCCUGAAACUUUCCCAACUGCCAGUAGGUGUCUAUGCCCUCAAAGUGACUGUGUCUUCUGAAAAUGCAUUUGGAGAAGGAUUUGUAAACAUCACCGUCCUGCCAGCUGUCAGAAUAAAUCAGCCACCUAUCGCUGUUGUAUCUCCCAGAGUGCAGGAGAUUGUUUUUCCCACAACGUCUGCUAUUAUUGAUGGGGAUCAAAGUGUGGAUGACACUGAAAUAGUAAGUUAUUACUGGGAGGAAAUUGAAGGUCCUCUGAGGAAACAGAAGGUAUCUGCUGAUACAUCAGUUUUACACCUGUCUGACCUUGUUCCUGGCAAUUACACAUUCAGGCUAACAGUUGUAGACUCUGAUGAAGCAGCAAACUCUACUACAGCUUCUUUGAUAGUCCUCAAGCCUGAAGAUCAUCCACCCGUGGCCAAUGCUGGAGCAAAUCAAGUAAUCUGUUUGCCUCAAAACUCUGUUACACUAAGCGGAAACCAAAGCUAUGAUGAUCAUGAGAUUGUUAGCUAUGAGUGGUCUUUGAGCCCGAAAAGCAGAGGCAAAGAGGUAGCAAUGCAGGGAAUGCAGACUCCGUACCUCCAGUUGUCCGCUAUGCAAGAAGGCAAUUACACAUUUCAGCUGACUGUUACUGAUUCUGUGGAGCAGCAAUCUACAGCUGAGGUCAUGGUGACUGUUCAGCCUGAAAAUCGCCCUCCAAGAGCUGUGGCUGGUCCAGAUCAGGAGUUGACACUUCCUGUCCAAAGCACUAUUCUUGAUGGAAGCCAGAGUACUGAUGAUCUAGGCAUUGUUUAUUAUCACUGGGAGAAUAUCAGCGGACCGAACUCUUUGCAAAUGGAAAAUGUAGACAGUGCAGUAGCCACUGUCACAAGUCUCAAAGCUGGGACGUAUCACUUCAGACUGACCGUAAAAGACAAUCAGGGACUCAGCAGCACCACAACACUCUUUGUGACCGUAAAGGAAGAAAGCAACCGCCCACCACAAGCUUAUGCUGGAGGCAAGCACAUCCUUGUUCUUCCCAAUAAUUCUAUUGCUUUGGAUGGUUCACAGUCUUCUGAUGACCAAGGAAUUGUUUCCUAUCUCUGGACUCGGGAUGGUCAAAGUCCAGCUGCAGGAGAUGUGAUACAUGGUUCAGACCAUGAGGCAGCAUUGCAGCUAACCAAUCUUGUGGAAGGGAUCUAUACUUUUCACUUGAAAGUCACCGAUGGCAGAGGAGAUUCAGACACUGACACCGCAGUAGUGGAAGUGCAGCCAGACCCUAAGAAAAAUGACCUAGUGGAACUGAUAUUGCAAAUUGGAGUUGGCCAGUUGACGGAGCAACAAAAGGACACGCUUGUGCGACAGCUUGCGGUGCUAUUGAAUGUCCUGGAGUCAGAUAUUAAAGUUCAGAAAAUACACGCCUAUUCUGAUAUCAGCACAGCGGUUGUGUUCUACGUGCAGAAAGGGUAUCCUUUCAAAGUCAUAAAGGCUUCAGAUGUGGCGCAGAUGCUCCGCUUGCAACUCUUGAAAGAGAAGCCAGAUUUCCUGCUUUUUAAGGUGCUUCGUGUUGACACGGCUGCUUGCCUUCUAAAAUGCUCUGGACACGGACAUUGUGACCCCAUCACUAAACGUUGUAUUUGCUAUCAACUCUGGAUGGAAAAUUUGAUACAGUCGUACCUGAAUGAUGGAGAGAGCAAUUGUGAAUGGAGUAUACUCUAUAUCAUGGUCUCUGCUUUUGUUUUGAUGGUGCUGAUGGUGGGUUUAAUCUGGAUCUGCAUCUACUGCUGCAAAAGCAGAAAGAGAACCAAAAUAAGAAAGAAAACAAAAUACACAAUUUUGGAUAACAUUGAUGACCUGGAGAGAAUGGAGCUUAGGCCCAAAUAUGGUAUAAAACACAGAAGCACAGUACACAAUUCCAGCCUGAUGGUUUCAGAGUCCGAGUUUGACAGUGACCAGGACACCAUCUUCAGCAAAGCAAAGAUGGACAGAGAGAACCAGAGGAAUCUCAUGAAUGGCUCCCUUAAAAAUGGCGUCUCUUUCGGCUACAGCUCAAGGGCAGAUAAAUAACCAUGCAGUGAAAGGACAUGUUGACCUAACAUGCCAAGAACGAGUCGAUCCUCUUCCCUCUAUAUUUUCCUGAAACACUACAAGUGGCUAAUGGAGCAAUAAACUUCCCAAAUGGAAGAAAGGAAAAUGGACUCUGUGGACUUGGCUGUCUGCUGAAAGAAUGAGGAAAGCACUUUAACCUACCACAUUAAUUAUGUGGAAUGUUUUUAUAGCACAAAUGACUGCUGAUGGUAUUCAUGUAAUAUCUCAUGGGCAGCUAUCACUGAAAUCGUAGCCCGGAUGGUUGCAUUAAGAGGGUCACAUGCUGAAGCUACCUUAUGAGCUUAUUUCCCAGAGCAAGUUGUGACCGUGCGUCUAUCUGAUAUCACUUUAAACUCAGUAUGCAAAUUAGCCUAAGUUAUUAAAAGCAAUGUCUAGCAAACAGCAUCAGUUGUCUUCACACCCAUUUUUAUUUGUGCCUUUCCCCAUUUAAAAAAAAAGUAUACAAAAUUAGUAACUGCUUUUGCUAAAUAGGAGGGAUUGCAUAACUUGGAUUUUUAAAAUUAAUUUUCGCUAGACAUUGGAAAUAUGGUGAGUGGGUACACAUGUGUAUAUGUUUGAGACAGUUGAUGCCGCUGAACUCUGCUUUUCUACAGCAUUGUGGUUCAACUCGUUUUUCUUUUGAAAUUUAAUUCUAAACAGGGGCAGUCUCUAGUUUGUUAAAACAUUCUUGACCAUUAUACAAGGGCUGCUGACUUCCACAUGUGAGAAACAGCUUUUUCCAGGUUCACACCUCUUUUGUACAUGAACGUUUUCUGCAGGAAGACAUCCCAAGUCAGUGAUGGCAAACAUUUAGCACUCAGCGUGUCAAAAAUUUAGAAAAUGCCUAUCUAGACUCUGCUGGUGCGUCACCCCUUCUCCCCAAA